UCUCGCUUUCCGUGCUGGUUGUAAUAACCAACGGCAGUGUAUCAAUGCACAAUCCAUUUUAUUGCUAUUCGGAAGACACAAUCCGACCACAAAUAACGAUGUUCGAUGCGGAGACACCGUAUGAGCUAGUCAGAGGACGAAAUAUUGACGGAAACGCAUCGAAUUGUAUUCCAUCAAAGUUUUGGUUGAUUGGCAGAACAGGUCAAGACCUUCCUCGGGAUUAUGAGAUUUCAUCAAUUUUCCGGAACGGCGAAACGCUACAAAGGAAUAUUUUAAAUAAUUACGACGCUGGCAGAACCACUUUAUGUGCAGCUGAUAUCGCUAUGAUUAGAGACUGGAAAUUCGAUCCGAAUAUCACAUACGAAAAUGCGGAACUCCUAACCGAAAGCGGAUGGAAUGACAUAAAAGCAAUCGCUCAGCGUUAUCAAUCCGCUCUUCCAACCAUACUGUCAUCAACUUACUUACCUACAGAUUACUUAUUCCGAUCAAUCAGUACACAAGCGGAAAAGGCAUCGCUAGCUGCAUUUGCUGACGGUUUAUUCGGAUUAGGUGGACACAAGCAAGUUGAAUUUGAGAUUAUUGAUGAUCCGGAUCUGUUACUGUUGCCCCGUUCGCAGUGUCCACUUUUCAAUGAACUCAUCACCAAUGAACUCGAAGUGAAUGCGUUCGUUGAAGGUCCCGAAUAUGAGGAAAUGAUCACACAAGUCAGUAGCAAACUGGGCUUCCGUGCAUCGAGUCCGCUGACACAUGAUGAGUUGAACACACUGCUACUACUUUGUCGAUUCGAACAAGCAUUGGCCAUGAAUUCGACGGCACCAUUUUGCUCAUCAUUUUCAGUGGCAAAUAUUCAAGUUCAUGAAUAUCGCCGAGAUAUCUUUUUCAUACACAGAUACGGCUAUGGCCAGUCCAAUUAUCGGCGCCUUUAUGAGAAUAUGCCAUGUCAUAUCAUGCAAGACAUGAUGAACUUUCUACGCUCAAACGAUCCGAACGACCGUCGAGUGAGAAUUUUUUAUUCGGAUUUGAAUUUGAUGCAACUCAUAUUCGUUGCGCUGAACGCUCAUGAAGAUCAAGUUCCAUUGAAUCGACACAACUUUGCCCAACAAGUAUUCAGACAAUGGAAAACGAGUUAUAUCAGCCCGAAAGGCGCAAACGUGGCAGUUAUACGUUAUGAUUGUGCUAAUGGUGAUCAUGACAUCUUGUUUAUGCAAAACGAAAAACCAUUACAACUGCCCGGAUGUCAAUCGAAUGGAUUGUGCAAAUUUUCGAUGAUUUUGAAUCGGCUCAGUCACUACUUGGACAUAAAUUGCUCAGAGAUCUUUUGUACAAAUAAUUGACGUUACAAAUUAUCAUGAACGGAGCGGAAGCGGAGUUCUUGACGCAGUUCCCACUCCCUAAAAAAAAGUGAGAAAGCACUAGGCGACUAUACACAAGCGAACAUUACAACUUUUGUUUAAAUUAGUCGAUAUCCAAAAACAUCUUUUUAUGAAUUAAAAUAAGCUUCAGUACGAGUCCAACGAACAAUAAAUCAUUAAAAUCAGUGCACUGA